ACAGGGUGUGGUGGAAGGGAGUAACCUUGUGGAAAUAUACUGAAAGGGACAAGUCCAUGACAACCAUGACAUCAUCUAUGCAUGUUUCUGUGUUGCCUUAUUAAAGAGAUGGAGGGAAUUUGGCUUGUUUGUCCAGCGUGAUGGAACAUUUAGGACCAUUCACUUCUCAGUGCAGGUUAUUUUUUGUCCUGGCAUACAGAAUUUACCUGUGUACAGUAGAUCUGCCUCAUGCUUAGAUUUACAUGUUGCUCAGAGUCAGGACAACUUAGUGCUUGAAUAGCAAAAGAUAUAGUUUCUUACUUCUACCGUGCCAGUCAGAGUGUGGAGUGUUUGUUACAGCUUGACACAAUGCAGACUUACAAUACACAAAUGCUGCUUUCAUUUCUGAAAUGUGGUGGUUGCUGCACUGCAGGCAGCGUUGGAGUUUGCAAACAUCAUGUCAACACACCCAGCUGGAGCAAAUCCUCACUAAGGAAGUUUUAACCAGGAUACACACGGUCGCAAACAGGUGGAGCUCCUGCUGUUUCACCUGUUUUGAAAGCUGGUACUCUGCAGACUAACACCACAAGAAAAUUCAGGUCAACUUGACAUAUAUGAUAUCUUGCUCUCUGCCUUCAUCACCUUCUUCUUCAUCUUGAAAGUACAAAUCCUACAGGCCAUGUCCGACCAGUUAUUCCAAAACCAACAUGAACAGGCCUACAUGUCCCUGAUGAGGGGCCUGAAGGAGCUGGACCUACAGGGACCCUAUGUUCCCAGUGACUUGGUCCUGAUUGGAGACCAUGCCUUUCCUUUAGCAAUGAACAGCCGAGGUCAGGUGCUGAUGGCUGCCUCUCUGUACGGCAGUGGAAGGAUUGUGGUCCUGGGUCAUGAGGGCUACUUGACAGCCUUUCCUGCUCUGGUAGAAAAUGCUGUGACCUGGUUGAGAGGUGAUGGAUCUGAUAACCUCUCUGUAGGGGUACACACAUAUGCCAGUGCAGUUGCUGAUAACCUCCAAAAAUCCAGCUUCCAAGUAGAAGUUGUGGGAGCUUUCAGUGACAAGCUGGGAGUUGGUGUUUAUGUGACCGAUGCCUACAGCGUGGGCUCAGACCCAACAGAGCUGGUGGCAUUUCUGAAAGCUGGAGGAGGGGUGCUGAUAGCUGGGCAGGCGUGGAGUUGGGCUGAAAAUCACCCCAAAGAGAACACACUGCAUCAGUUUGAUGGGAAUAAAGUGUCGGGAGUGGCAGGGAUCUACUUUUCCAAGAACCGUGGUGAAGUGGAGAACCUGCCUGUCUAUCCUCUCAGAUCCUCCUGGGUCUUAGGUAAGGAUUUUGAGGAUGACUUAGAGUUCUUACUCCAGGGAAUUUCAGAGUUCGAGCUCCCAGAGGGGUCAACUUCUUCUGAGGUUCUAGUCCACGGCCCGCUAGCCUUUCCCAUCGGUACCACAGAUGAUGGACGGGCAUUCCUGGCAGGAGCCUACUAUGGAAAGGGACGAGUCAUUUUGAUUUCACAUGAAGGAUUUCUGGGACUCGAGAGCAUGGCUUCAAUUUGGAAAAAUGCUGUUCACUGGUUGGAUGAAGGCCUACUAGCAAAUCGGUUUUAUAUAAGAUUACAUAUGAUGGAGCCUGCACUCAAGCUCCUCAGUGAUUCAGGACUGAAGUGUGAGCAGACAAACUUCAGGGAAGACCUCAGCGUGUUUGUGUGUACAGCGUAUGUCAAUGAGAAUUUGGAGGAAAUCAAACAUUUUGUGGCAGAGGGAGGAGGCCUGCUGAUUGGAGGACAUGCCUGGUGGUGGGCUUAUACAAAUCCUGGGCAAAAUGUGCUAACUGAAUUCUCAGGGAACAAGAUCCUGACCCAAAUGGGAUUGAGCCUGUUGCCAGCAACAAUUGGAGGAGGAUCAUACAAAGCCCCUGUACCCAGCCAGGCUGUUAAAGACAGCUACCACUUUCGCCACCUUCUAAGCCGCUUCGCUGCCCAUGUGACUACAGGUGAAGAACUUAGCCAGCACGAGGAGAGAUAUCUGAAAAAGCUGGGCAGUGACUGCAACAUCUACUUGCAGAUGAAAGCCCAUGACUCCUCCCACUACAGACAAGUGUUGGCCACACUCACGAAUAUAUUAAUGACAUCAGGCCUGCCAGAAGUGAGUGACAGCUGCCCUGUGAACAGUCCCAAAGACCAUCUCCUCCUUGCUCUGGGGACAGAGGUUUAUAAGGUUUCCCCAGAUCCCGAUGCUCUACUGCCCUACCUCAUCAAGGACAACCCAAUGAUGCCUGUUGUCUAUAACCACCGGAUCAAGUUUGAUGUUAAUACAGCAGAUAUGGAAGAGUGGAUCAGCACAGGCCUCUACCUCUCUCCUGGUAUGAAGACCUAUAUGUCCAUACCACCUCAGAUUGUCAACAAGGAUUGGAUGAUUCAGAUAGGGUGCCAAACUGAUUCUCUGCACCACAAUGAGGAGCUGAAGAGACCACCAUCUGUCCAUGAGCGAUUUCCUGUCACCUCAGAGAUGAUACAGGUUUGGAACCUGUGGGGAGGACUCAUCUACCUGGUGGCCCCACCCAAAACACAAGAGAAGGGGUUGUUGGUCACAGUGCAGAUGGCUGUACCUGCUCCAUAUUAUAAGUCUGGUGUAACAACUGCAGCUGAGUGGUCGUUGCUGCGCACAGCUCCUUCACCCUGGGCAGAGUUGGAGUUUGAAAACAUCAUCCUCACCGUACCGUCAGAUGCUGUUCGGGAUCUGGAGCGCCCUGACGAGCUAGCCGCUCUGUGGGAUGAAAUGAUGAGGGCCAUUGCAGAUCUGGCUGCCAAACCACACAAAUUUCCCCGCAAGGAGCGCUUUGUGGCAGAUGUGCAGAUUUCUCACGGCUGGAUGCAUGCAGGUUAUCCUAUCAUGGCACACAAAAUGACAGCUCAGGAGCUGGUUGGUGUUAAAAAAGGUAGUCCCUUGUGGGGCCCCAUCCAUGAACUGGGACACAACCAACAGAGAGCUUGCUGGGAGUUCCCACCAAACACCACAGAGUGUACAUGCAACCUGUGGUCAGUGUAUGUGAAUGAAGAGGUGCUGGGCAUCCACAGGGAGAAGACUGAAGAUGCCAUGACUUCAGCAAACCGACAAAGUCGAAUAAAUGACUAUGUUGCAGGAGGCAGGACGCUUGACAAGUGGGGCUUUUUUGUUGCUCUGGAAACAUAUAUGCAGCUCCAGGAAAGGUUUGGCUGGGAUGCCUUUAAGAAGGUGUUUGCUGCGUAUCAUCACAUGAGUGACUUCCCCGGUGACAACAAAGGAAAGAUGAACCUGUACGUUGAGACAUUCUCCCAGACUGUGGGGAUGGACCUGACUGGUUUCUUUAAGGCCUGGGGCUGGCUAAUAGAAACAGCCACUGAGGAGAAGCUCUCCGCACUGCCUCCCUGGAGUGAUCACCCCAUGACCCAGUAUGACUAAACCGCAGACCACUGCAGUGUGCAGAGAAAUGGCUUCAACUACUAUCAUAAGUUGAAGUGAAUGAUGGGCAACACGGUGAACUGAUUUGGUGUUUGGUGUUCUGUUUUAACAACAUUUAUGAGAGUAUCUGAAUAGAAAAACAGAAAUGAUGUACUGAGGGUCCAGGUAUUAAAUUUAGGUUGAAUUUUUCUUUCUUUGAUUGUGAUGUUCCUGUAGAGGGGAAGUACAGUAGCCUUUCACUUACUGCCAGGUAGAAUAGACUUUCGAUGGUAUAAGGAGUGGGAUCUUUGCCUUUAUUUUAUAGCAGAAAAUAUGACCUGUAAUACAUGUUCUGUUCUGAAAUCAAGGCAUUACACUACUAUAGCAUACAUUGCAAUCAUUUGUCUUCCACUGUGCUCUAUAAAGAAAAAAAUGCAUUAAUGGUCUGUUGUGCUCUUGAUUUCUGUUUGCCAACCUUUUCCAGUCUCUUUUACUGGAUACUUGCACUGCAACGCUUUCCUUAUAUGAAAAGAAGUUUACAAAGAAAUUUACAUUUAAGAGAAUACAGGGAAUUUUUUUCAAGGUUAUACUGUAAGAACUAAUACUAUUAGAGAAGUGGAUUUUCUUGUAUGAAUAACUGCAUGUUUCAUUCGCUCUGCUGUUGUACUUUAAUGUUUAAAUAAUGCUGGUUCAUAACACAGAGGUCAGACUUUAUAUAAACUAACUUUGUCUUUACUUUCAGUACACAUAUAUCUGUUAGCUCACAAUUGAAAUACACUAAAUAAAUGUGAAUUAUACCU